AAAUAAGUACUUUUAAGAUCCUCUUAGGGCUACAAUGGUAAGAUAAGGCCUCUGCUUUCCCAUUCUUGGAUCCGAGAGGAAAGCUCUUCGAUCGCGCUUACUCACAGCCGCAGGCGCCGCCACAGGUUUGAAGGAUUCUUCUGAUCUCCAGGUCUCUGUAAUCAUAUUCAAAAUCACAUCCAGGGAAUGUUUCAAUCAGUAACAAUCAAGUAGCUCUCUUCUAAGAUGUUGAGUUAGUAGCUUGGUUGUUCUACUGUUGCUUAACAACUUCAUAUGCAUGGUUGGAAUCCUAUGCGGUGGAGCAGAUAUGCUUUGAAGUCCUAAGUUGUUCUGUCUUGGUUCGUGGUUCGUGGUUUAGGGAUUAGGUUACUGAUAAGAUUGUUUCUAGUUAAGUUUCUUGCAAGAUGAUGAAACCAAUCCAAGCACAGCAUAUGUGGCCUAUCAUAAAUCGUGUCGCAUUUUUUUCUUUUAUUAAGAGAGACUCAAUCAGUGUCAAACUAUUUAAGAGCCUGUUAUUUGCAUACUUCUGCCUCUCAAUCCGGUAUCUCAUGGCAGAUGGUCAUGAAACCGAUAAGAACAUUGAGAUAUGGAAGAUUAAGAAAUUAAUCAAGGCUUUGGAAUCUACAAGAGGUAAUGGCACAAGCAUGAUCUCCCUCGUAAUGCCACCGCGUGAUCAGAUAUCUCGAGUCACCAAGAUGUUGGCUGAUGAAUAUGGAACUGCUUCAAACAUCAAAAGUAGAGUCAAUCCACAGUCUGUCUUGGCAGCGAUUACAUCUGCUCAGCAAAGGCUGAAACUAUACAACAAGGUUCCUCCCAAUGGACUGGUGUUAUAUACUGGAACCAUCGUCACCGAGGAUGGAAAAGAAAAGAAGGUGACUAUUGAUUUCGAGCCUUUCAAGCCCAUCAACGUGUCGCUCUAUCUUUGCGAUAACAAAUUCCAUACCGAGGCUUUGAAUGAACUUUUGGAAUCAGAUGACAAGUUUGGUUUUAUAGUUAUGGAUGGAAAUGGAACUCUUUUUGGCACAUUGAGUGGUAAUACGCGUGAGGUGCUCCACAAAUUCACUGUUGAUCUUCCAAAAAAGCAUGGUCGUGGAGGACAAUCAGCACUAUGUUUUGCUCGGCUUCGUAUGGAGAAGCGCCAUAACUAUGUGCGAAAAACAGCUGAACUUGCCACCCAGUUCUUCAUAAACCCAGCUACGAGUCAGCCAAAUGUGGCCGGUCUAAUUUUGGCUGGUUCAGCUGAUUUCAAAACAGAGUUAAGCCAGUCGGACAUGUUUGACCCGCGUCUUCAAGCUAAAAUACUCAAUGUGGUUGAUGUUUCUUAUGGAGGAGAGAAUGGUUUCAAUCAGGCCAUCGAGUUGUCAGCGGAAAUUUUGUCAAAUGUGAAAUUCAUACAGGAGAAGAAAUUGAUAGGGAAGUAUUUUGAAGAAAUAAGCCAAGACACAGGAAAGUAUGUCUUUGGUGUGGAUGACACAUUAAAGGCUCUUGAAAUGGGAGCCGUGGAGACCUUAAUCGUAUGGGAAAACUUGGAUAUCAAUAGGUAUGUGCUAAAAAACAGCACCAGUGGGGAGAUUAUAAUAAAGCAUUUGAACAAGGAUCAAGAAGCUAAUCAGAGUAACUUCCGAGAUCCAGCAAACAAUGCUGAACUAGAGGUCCAGGAGAAAAUUUCGCUGCUGGAGUGGUUUGCCAAUGAGUACAAGCGUUUCGGUUGCACAUUGGAGUUUGUUACCAACAAAUCUCAAGAGGGCUCACAAUUCUGCAGGGGUUUCGGUGGCAUCGGGGGCAUCUUGCGGUAUCAGCUGGACAUGAGAUCGCUGGAUGAGCUGUCUGAUGACGAAGUGUACGAAGACUCUGAUUAGCAUUCGGGUAACGGUUCACCGGGGCUGGGCCAGGGGAGAUCUUGCAGUGUCAACAUCUAUACCAACAAAAUCUCAUGUAGGAUUUCUUGUCUACCAUUGAAGUCGUGCAGAGAUAUUACAAAUGCAUUGCACAAGGAGUCAGAUUCAAGGGUUGGUGGUACAUCUCAAGUACACAGUGGAACUCCAGGAUUGGAUUUUGCUGAUCUCUAGCUAAAAUUCAUGUUGUAUUGUUCAUUUCAGUUUGGAUAUACUUAUGAUUUUAUGUGUUUUUUUUCUUUCAAAUGGAAACUGCUUCACAAGA